AUGGCUAACAAUGGCGCUUCGUCGCCAGUCUCACCUCUGAAACCCUCAGAUGGACCACCAGAAUCUCCUACAACAGCCCGUCCAUUGGACUUCGACAGUGACCAGGAGACAGGUGUCGUAUCGACUCCCACGAAAUCAUCCAGGACAGAAGCUCUACCCAAUCCCCCACCCAAAGACGAACCUGCCCCGCCAGCGAAACCUGCGCGACCAUUGAGUCCUCGUGAACAAGCAGAGACUACCUUGAAAGAAGCUUUUCCUACCAUCGAUGCAGCUGUCGUGCGGGCAGUGCUGACGGCGAGUGGAGGAAAUGUCGAACCUGCUUUCAAUGCUUUACUAGGCAUGUCGGAUCCUGACUCGCAGCGAGAGCCUGAACCUCCUGCCAAACCUCCUCGACCAGCUGCGCAACCACCAACAUCCACCAAGAUGAGUCAGUUAGAAGCAGAUGAAAUGUAUGCAAGACAACUAGCAGAGCAUUAUAGUGGUGGAGAAAGGCAGGAACCACAACGCCGUGACCCGAGACAAAGAUUCAACGAGAACCUUCCGGGCUCGAGGGCAGGACAAGGACGCCCAGGUGGAAGCCCGAAUCCAGACGAUGUCCCAUGGAGGAGCUUCAUUGAUGACGACCUUCCUGAGAUCCGGGAUAACAUCCGCAAAGGAUUUAUCGAAACCCAGAGCACGGUCAACAAGUGGAUCUCUACGUUCAAAAAAAAGCUUGACGGUGAAGAUGAUGGUACUUUCGGGGGACAACUCCCUGAUGAGGAGCAGGCGCCUCCACUUCCUGUCCGGCGGAGCGCAGAUACGCGAAGAAGCGCCGACAUACAACGAUACGAUGCAGACAUGCAGCCUAUUGGAGAUGACUUUUCGAAAUUAGAUCUUCGAGAUGGGGAGGCACCACCUCGAACUUCAAGCAGACCACUAGCCAAUCCGAAUCUAUUCAGACCAAGUACGGAUCGUGUUCCUUCGCCAGCAAUUGGGCGCAAGGUAUCCUUCCAAGAUGGUCCGCCUGAAGAAAUCCGAGACAUGUAUUCUGCCUCGCCAAAGCCAAGUGUGACCACCGCGACCGCACCGGGAUCAGGAGGAAAGACUAGCAAAUGGCAACCCCUGGCAUCGGUCGACCCUAGUCCGGUCACCGACAAUGAUCCAUUCAGUCUUGGUGACAGUGACGAAGAGAAAGAUGCAAAGCCUAUUACGAUGAAGGACGAUGAUGAGCUAGCGAAAGACCCCAAAGCCGAGGACGACCAGGUUAAGAAUGCCACUGACGAAGCUAUGAAGGAAGCUAUUGGAACAGGCAGCAAGUAG